AUGAGGUGCAGGUGGGGAGCCUCAGUGGCCUGGCCACGCCCCCUCACAGGACCUGGUUGGUUAGUAUUCCAUGGCAAUACAGCAGACCAAAAAACAAAACAAACAAUAAAAUCAGUGUUUACGCUUUUGAUGAGGCACCUCCCAAACAUGAAUUCUCUCUCUGAACAAUUAUCAAUAAAGGUUGUGGCCCCACUGCUGUCCAACAGUAAGAACAACACUGAAUGGCCUCAGGUGGUAGCCCAAGAUGUGAAGCACCUCAUCCACUCCCUUAAGAGCAAUGUGUUUGUCAUGUUGGGCCAAGUCCAGGGCAAGACACUGCUGCCCCUUCCUGUUGGUUUUGAGAACAUGGAGCAAGUUGCCUUGGAGACAGACAACAGGGGAGAAACAAUAGAUAAAAGUAUCAUCCACUCCUUGGAGUCAACAGUGAUUGAGUGGAGCCACCAGAUCCGUGCAGUGCUGAUAAAAGACUCAGCAGAGACUCUGCUUGAAGGCAAACCCCCCACACCCCACACAGAGCUUCUCUUCUGGAAGAAUAGAUAUGCUGAUUUGGAAUGCAUUUACUCCCAGUUAACAUCACACGAAGGGAACAAAAUGCAAAUGCUGCUUGAUGCUGUUGAGAGCAGUUAUUCACCCGCUUUUCAAAACAUUCGACAGAAAGUCCUUACAGCUUUGGAGGAGGCAAACGACAUCUGUACCUACUUGACACCACUGCAGCGCCUUUUUCAGGACAUCGAAAAUAGAGAAUUUUGGAAUGUCAAAGAUCAGAUCGGCCCCGUGCUGCACACUGUCUGUCUUGUGUGGACCAACUCGGGACACUACAACACUCCAGCACGACUCAUCGUUCUACUGCAAGAGAUCUGCAACCUACUCAUACAACAGGCUCUGGUAUAUUUGAAACCAGAAGAAUUUCUCAAAGGAGAGGUUAUGGAGAGUCUUCUGAGGGUGAAAACAUGCUUGGAUAUUUUAGAACUCUUCAAGAUCAUCUUCGAGGACUGUCGGACUAAUCUGAGCCAGUUCCAGUGUAAUGGGAGUUUGGUGAAGCCUUGGGAUUUUUCCCCCACUUUGGUCUUCUCUGGACUUGACAGCUUUAUCAACAGAGUCAAGUCCACAGAAGACAUCCUUUUGACAGCAGUGGAUUUCUUCAAGCUUCAGAAAUUGGAGAUUGGAGGUGUUCGAGGUGGAGCGCUAAAUCAACAGGUCCAAUUACUGCACCAGGAGUUUGUUAAUCAUUUCCAGAUCUUAACAGAGAAGACUUAUGACUGCUUGGACCUUAAAAACAAGGAGUUUGAGAAAGAUAUGUCGGACUUCAAAUUGAUAGUGGAUGACACAGACCGGCGACUUGGAGGCAUCUUCUGUCAGGCUUUUGAUGACGCUUCAGGACUGGAGCAUGCCUUCAAGGUUUUGGAUAUGUUUGGGGGAUUGUUGGAGCGUCCGUUAGUAGCUAAAGAUGCUUUGGACAGAUACCCUCGCUUAGUAAGCAUGUUUGACAGGGAUCUGGACACUUGCAAACUCCUCUACCAUGAACAUAUUAACAUUGCAAAUGAGCUAGGUUCUGCUCCAGUGAAUAAGAAUAUGCCUGCAGUAGCUGGGGGGCUGAGAUGGGCCCAGGAGCUGCAGCAGCGCAUUCAGAUGCCCUUCUCCAAAUUCAGACACCUUUCCUACCCGUGCCUGGAGUCUGCACAAGGAGUUUGGGUCAUCCAGAAGUACGAGGAGCUGAUGCAACUUCUUGAUAGGUACUGUGCUAACCUAUAUGAGACAUGGACAAAGACUGUUGACAGCAGCUGCCUUCAAUACCUCGGUCUCCCCUUAAUCUGCAGAAACAUAUCCUCUCAGUUGAUCUCAGUCAACUUCAACACACAGCUUGCAUCUGUGUUGAGGGAAGUCAAGUACCUGGAGGCCAGACAGACUGAAGUGAUUCCUGAAACUGCAGUUCAGAUUUAUACUACCAGAUGGCAAUUGGGGCUGUUGGUGGACAACCUGGAACUUGCUGCAGGACUAUACAACAAGGUGAUUCAGUCCGUUCUCACCGUGGAAAGGCCACUACUCCAGAAGGAGCUCAAGAAUAUUGACACGAACCUAAGAAAGGCUGAAGACAGCCUGAGCUGGAACAGUCAAGGCAUUUGGCAGUAUGUUCAAGAAUUGCGGGAUUCUAUCUGUGACUUGGAGAGCAGACUCCAGAGGACCAAAAACAAUGUGAAUGAAAUCCAGAACUGUAUCAAGUCCUGGGCAAGUCCAUUGUUUGACAGGAAGGAAGACAAAAAAGAUACUUUGCUGAGUCUGAAUGACCUCGUUGAAACGUUGGAUCGUUUUAAAUCUAUGAUACGAUUAUCAGGAGAAAAGAUUCAUUUCCUUGUGAAGAGGAAUCGUGAGCUUUUUAUGUCAGACCCAUCCUCAGAUGAGUGGAAAGCGUAUCUGGAAUACAUCGACGACAUGGUCAUCGAUGGAUUCUAUAACUGCAUAGAGUGUUCACUCAAAUUUUUCUUGGACAACACAGAUGAAAAAGACAUUACAGUGCCCCUCUUUGAGGCCCAACUGGAUCUCAAAGUUCCCGAUAUGGUGUUCACCCCAUCUUUGGAAUUGGGAGAAAGAGAGAAUUUGUUUGAGCUGAUUCAGAAUCUCAUCAAUGAUAUCUUCGGAGUCUGUUCAUUAGUGUCACGUGUCUCCCAGCACAGUUCGUCCCCCCACUAUCAGGCCGACAUGGAAGACAUGGCUGACUUGGCAGAUAUGCGUCGUGUCCUCAUGGAUCGCGUGAAGAGUGUCAUGGCGAGCUGUUGCAUGUUCCGCAAUUCAUUGGAACGCUACAGCUACCUUUAUGUAGAUGACAGGAAGGAGUUCCUGCGCCAGUUCCUGCGAUAUGGUCAUGUUCUUACCAAUCAGGAGAUGAAGGCUGAAGCGAAAGAUUGUAUCCCACAGAUUCCACCCACUUUGGAAAAUAUUAAACAACAGGUGGAUGGGUUUGAGAAGAUCUAUGAGGAAGUGCAAAAUCUGGAACCAGUACAUGUUUUCCAUGGCUGGAUGCGUGUAAAUGGCCUUAGCAUGAAGAUUGCCCUGCUCAACAUCAUCAAGAAAUGGAGUUUCAUGUUCAAGCAGCACCUUAUUACCCAUGUAACUAACAGCUUAUCCGAUCUCGAGAGUUUCAUCAUCAUGUCUGAGACUGGCCUGGGACAGCAAGUAGAUGAAGGGGACUAUGAAACCCUGGUGAGAGUCAUGGGCCACCUGCUGGCUGUCAAAGAAAGACAACAAACAACAGAUGUCAUAUUUGAACCACUGCAUCAAAUGGUUGCUUUGCUAAAGGACUAUAAGCAGGAACUCCCUGAUGUUGUACACAAGCAGUUAGAAGAGCUGCCAGAAAAGUGGAGCAAUUUGAAAAAGAGAGCUAUGCUAGUUAAACAUCAGGUGACACCUCUGCAGGCCAUUGAGGUGGCAAAUUUGCGAAGAAAGUGUGCUUCAUUUGAAGUGGAACAACACACCUUCAGGGAACAUUUUGGCAACAAUGGGCCCUUCAGAUUUGACAGCCAGAAUCCUUACCAGAUGUUGGACACAUUUCACCAGCAGAUCCAGGAACAUGAGGUAGUGAUGGCCUCCCUACUGGAGUCAGCCAGCUUGUUUGAGGUGGCCAUCUCUGAAUACAAACAGCUCCGCCAAUGCAGGCGUGAGGUGGGCCUGCUGAAGGAGCUCUGGGACAUGAUCACUGUGGUGGAAUCCAGCAUUGCGGCAUGGAAAAUGACUCCCUGGAGAGAGAUUCACGUGGAGGACAUGGAGCUGGAGUGCAAACGUUUCUCAAAAGAUAUUCGAGGGCUAGAUAAGGAGGUUAGAGUGUGGGAGGCCUUCACAGGUUUGGACAAAAGUGUAAAGAACCUCUUCAUUUCCCUGCGGGCAGUAGGAGAGCUUCAGAACCCAGCCAUACGAGCCAGACAUUGGCAUCAGUUAAUGGCUACUACUGGAGUCCGUUUCACCAUGGACAAGGAAAUGACUCUGGCUGACCUGUUGCAACUGAAGCUUCACUGUUUUGAAGAGGAGGUGAGAGGGAUCGUAGACAAGGCUGUCAAAGAGAUGGGAAUGGAGAAAGUUCUCGCUGAAAUUAAUUCCACAUGGAGAGCUAUGCAGUUCCAAUACGAGCCCCACCAUCGUACCCAAAUCCCUCUGCUACGUUCAGAUGAAGAGCUUAUUGAAACACUUGAAGACAACCAGGUCCAGUUGCAGAACCUCAUUUCUUCCAAGUACCUCGCCCAUUUCUUGGGUGACGUAUUCGCUUGGCAGAGUAAACUUUCUGUGGCCGACUCCGUCCUCUCGAUCUGGUUUGAGGUGCAACGGUCAUGGACCCACCUGGAGAGCAUCUUCAUUGGCUCAGAGGACAUUCGCUCACAGCUGCCUGAGGACUCUAAGCGCUUCGAAGGGAUUGAUGCCGAUUUCAAAGAGUUGGCAAACUCAAUGCAUCAAACGCCCAAUGUUGUGGAGGCCACCAAUAAACCUGGUCUGUUCAGCAAACUGGAAAACAUACAGUGCAGGCUGUCCCUGUGUGAAAAGGCUCUGGCAGAGUAUCUGGACAUCAAACGACUGGCCUUUCCUCGUUUUUACUUCAUCUCUUCAGCUGAUCUCUUAGACAUUCUUUCUAAUGGCACUAACCCACACCAGGUACAGAGGCAUCUGUCUAAGCUGUUUGACAACAUGGGUAAAAUGCGAUUUGAAGCAGAUGCAAAGGGAAAUUCUUCUAAGACUGGUCUCGGCAUGUAUAGCAAAGAGGAGGAAUAUGUCCCUUUUAAUAAGUCCUGUGACUGCUCUGGACAGGUGGAGGUGUGGUUGAACCAGGUUCUGGACACUAUGCGCGCCACUGUUCGUCACAAGAUGACUGAGUCAGUGACCACCUACGAGGAUAAACCCAGAGAGCAAUGGUUGUUUGAUUAUCCAGCUCAGGUGGCGCUGACCUGCACUCAGAUCUGGUGGACAUCCGAGGUGGGAAUGGCUUUUGCCCGCAUGGAAGAAGGCUCUGACAGCGCUCUGAAGGAGUACUAUAAGAAACAGGUGUCUCAGCUUAAUACCCUCAUUUCCAUGCUGAUUGGCCAUCUUUCGCCCGGAGAUCGGCAGAAGGUCAUGACCAUCUGUACUAUUGACGUCCACGCCAGAGAUGUGGUUGCCAAGAUGAUUGCACAGAAGGUGGACAAUUGUCAGGCAUUUGUGUGGCUUUCACAGCUGAGACACCGUUGGGAUGAGAAGGAGAGGCAUUGUUUUGCAAAUAUCUGUGAUGCCCAGUUCCGCUACUCCUAUGAGUAUUUGGGCAACACGCCGAGACUAGUCAUCACGCCUCUAACAGACAGAUGUUACAUCACUCUGACUCAGUCUCUACACUUGACCAUGAGUGGAGCUCCAGCAGGGCCUGCAGGAACGGGGAAGACAGAGACAACCAAAGACUUGGGCCGAGCGCUGGGCAUCAUGGUCUAUGUAUUUAACUGUUCUGAGCAAAUGGACUACAAGUCCUGUGGAAACAUCUACAAAGGUCUGGCUCAAACAGGCACAUGGGGCUGUUUUGAUGAAUUCAAUAGGAUCUCAGUGGAGGUGCUGUCUGUGGUGGCUGUUCAGGUCAAAAGUAUUCAGGAUGCCAUCCGAGAUAGGAAAGAGAGGUUUAAUUUCAUGGGUGAAGACAUAAACCUUUGCCCCACUGUGGGCAUUUUCAUCACGAUGAAUCCUGGCUACGCUGGUAGGACCGAGCUUCCAGAGAACCUUAAGGCUCUUUUCAGACCAUGUGCCAUGGUGGUGCCAGAUUUUGAGCUGAUCUGUGAAAUCAUGUUGGUGGCUGAGGGAUUCAUUGGUGCCCGGGUCCUUGCUAGGAAGUUUAUCACGCUCUAUACACUGUGCAACGAACUUCUUUCAAAACAGGACCACUAUGAUUGGGGCCUCCGUGCCAUCAAGUCAGUACUGGUGGUUGCCGGUUCUCUAAAAAGAGGCGAUACCAGCCGAGCUGAGGACCAAGUAUUGAUGAGAGCCCUAAGAGAUUUCAACAUCCCCAAAAUCGUGACCGAUGACCUGCCAGUGUUCAUGGGGUUGAUAGCUGACCUAUUCCCAGCUCUGGAUGUACCCAGGAAAAGAGACCUGCACUUCGAGAAGCAUGUGAAGGAAUCUAUUCUUGACAUGAAGUUGCAGGCUGAGGAGAAUUUUGUGCUCAAGGUGGUGCAGCUGGAAGAGCUUUUGGCCGUGCGUCACUCAGUAUUUGUGAUUGGGAAUGCCGGUACAGGAAAGAGUCAGGUGCUGAGGUCACUGCAAAAAACCUACCGGAACAUGAAAUGUCGGCCCAUUUGGGUAGAUCUUAACCCAAAAGCUGUGACAAAUGAUGAACUUUUCGGAAUCAUCAACCCAUCAACCAGAGAGUGGAAAGACGGUCUGUUUUCUUGUAUAAUGCGCGAACUGUCCAACAUUACUCACAGUGGGCCAAAGUGGAUCGUUUUGGAUGGAGACAUUGACCCAAUGUGGAUUGAGUCACUCAACACUGUUAUGGACGACAACAAGGUUCUGACGCUGGCCAGUAAUGAACGGAUCCCUCUAAACUCAACCAUGAGACUGUUAUUUGAGAUCAGCCACCUUCAGACCGCUACUCCUGCGACCGUAUCCAGAGCAGGAAUCCUCUACAUAAACCCAACAGACCUAGGUUGGAAUCCGUUGGUGUCCAGCUGGAUUGAUGGGAGGGAGGUGCAAUCAGAGAAGGCCAACCUCACCAUUCUGUUUGAGAAGUACCUCCCUCCCUGCCUGGAUGCUACCUGGAGAUUGAGGUUUAAAAAGAUCAUCCCUAUCCCUGACCAGAGUAUGGUCCAAAUGCUUUGCUAUUUGCUUGAAUGUCUGCUAACUCCAGAGAACGCCCCACCUGACUCUGCAAAAGAACUCUAUGAGCUUUAUUUUGUGUUUGCUGCUAUCUGGGCCUUUGGGGGAGCCUUGUUCCAGGACCAGCUGGUCGAUUACAGAGUGGAGUUCAGCAAGUGGUGGGUGUCAGAGUUCAAAACCAUCAAGUUCCCAUCCCAAGGCACCAUCUUUGAUUACUACAUUGACUCUGGCAGCAAGAAAUUUGAACCCUGGUCCAAAAUGGUUCCCGUGUUUGAGAUGACUGCAGACACCCCACUUCAGGCUUGUCUGGUUCACACAGCAGAGACCAUUCGAGUCCGUUUUUUCCUGGACUGCCUGCUGGAGUCCCAUCGGCCCGUCAUGCUUGUUGGAAAUGCUGGCACCGGAAAGUCUGCCCUGGUUGGGGACAAACUCACAUCACUGGACCCUGACAAAUAUGUUGUUACAAAUGUCCCGUUCAACUAUUACACCACAUCUGCAAUGCUACAAGCUGUGUUGGAAAAGCCCCUUGAGAAAAAGGCAGGACGCAACUACGGACCUCCCGGCAACAGAAGACUGAUCUACUUCUUAGAUGACUUUAACAUGCCUGAGGUGGACACAUAUGGCACAGUCCAACCUCACACACUAAUACGACAACAUAUGGACUACAACCACUGGUAUGACCGUAAUAAGCUACUUUUGAAGGAAAUACAACGUGUUCAGUAUGUGUCCUGUUUGAACCCCACAGCAGGAAGCUUCACCAUUAAUCCCAGGCUGCAGCGCCACUUCUCGGUCAUUGCCUUGUCUUUCCCUGGAGCCGACGCCCUUGCAACGAUAUACACUUCAAUUUUGUCACAGCACCUGCAGAAUGAUGGUUUCACAGACGCCAUACGGAAAAGCUGCUGCACCCUGGUCCAGUUAUCCCUGGCUCUACAUGUGUGUGUCGCUUCCACCUUCCUCCCCACUGCAGUCAAGUUUCACUACAUCUUCAACCUGCGAGACUUCGCCAAUAUCUUCCAGGGCAUUCUCUUCAGUACUGGUGAGUGUCUGAAGACCCCUCUGGACCUGCUGAAAAUCUACCUGCACGAGUCCAAUCGUGUCUACAGAGACAAGCUUGUUGAGGAACAGGACUUCCAAGUCUUUGAUAAGCUGCAGGCAGACACGGUGAAAAAGUUCUUUCAGGACACGGAGGAUAGUCUGGAAAAGACCCAGAAGAUGAACCUGUACUGCCACUUUGCCCGCGGCCUUGGGGAGGCCAAGUACAUGGCUGUGGAAUCCUGGAGCAGCCUCCGUAAACACCUGCUGGAGGUACUGGACAGCUACAAUGAGGUCAAUGCCACACUCAACCUGGUGCUGUUUGAGGAUGCCAUGGCUCACAUCUGCCGUAUAAAUCGAAUCCUGGAGUCUCCACGGGGUAAUGCACUGCUAGUCGGAGUAGGCGGAAGUGGCAAGCAAAGUCUGACCCGACUGGCUGCCUUCAUCUCAAAUCUGGAGGUUUUCCAAAUCACCUUGAGGAAGGGUUACGGUAUCACAGACCUCAAAAGUGACCUGGCAUCGCUCUACAUCAAAGCUGGCGUGAAGAAUAUUGGCACCGUGCUCCUAAUGAAUGAUGCCCAAGUGGCAGACGAGAGGUUUCUCGUUCUGGUCAACGAUCUGUUGGCAUCGGGAGAGAUUCCUGACCUGUUCCCUGACGAUGAGGUGGAGAACAUCAUUGGCAGCGUGAGACCAGAGGUACGCAGCUCAGGAUUGAUGGAUACAAGAGAAAACUGCUGGAAGUUCUUCAUCGACCGGGUUCGCAGAAAGCUCAAGGUGGCUUUGUGUUUUUCUCCAGUUGGAAGUAAAUUGAGGGUUCGUAGCAGGAAGUUCCCUGCUGUUGUCAACAGUACAGCUAUCGACUGGUUCCACGAGUGGCCACAGGAGGCGUUGGAGUCAGUUAGCCUCCAAUUCCUUCAGGAAGUAGAGACUAUUGAACCCCAAGUGAAGGAGUCUGUCAGUAAAUGUAUGGCGUACAUUCACACAAGUGUCAAUCAGACCUCGAAAGAGUACCUGGCCAAUGAGCGGCGCUACAAUUACACCACGCCAAAGUCUUUCCUGGAGCUGAUCAAACUGUAUCGAAGUCUGCUGGCCCAAAGGAGUAAAGACCUUCGAAGUAAAAUGGAGCGGCUGGAGAAUGGCCUGCAGAGGCUCAAGAGCACCUCUGCUCAGGUUGAUGACCUCAAGGCCAAGCUCGCAGCUCAAGAAGUCGAACUCAAGCAGAAGAAUGAGGAUGCUGACAAGCUGAUCCAGGUGGUUGGAGUUGAAACUGAGAAGAUGUCGAAUGAGAAAGCAGUGGCUGAUGAUGAAGAGGAAAAAGUUGCAGCCAUUGCUGUUGUUGUCCGUGGCAAACAAAAAGACUGUGAAGAGGACUUAACCAAGGCUGAACCAGCGCUCAUCGCUGCACGGGAUGCACUUAACACGCUCAAUAAAAACAACCUGACAGAGUUAAAGUCAUUUGGCUCUCCAGUGGCAGCAGUUACCAAUGUCACAGCGGCUGUCAUGGUCUUAAUGUCGCCUGGCGGCAAAGUCCCGAAGGAUCGUAGUUGGAAGGCCGCAAAGUUGAUGAUGGCAAAAGUGGACUCGUUCCUUGAUUCCCUCAUAAAUUUCAAAAAGGAAAACAUCCCAGAGGCUUGUCUGAAAGCUAUUCAGCCUUACUUGCAGGAUCCAGAGUUCCAGCCAGAAUUCAUUGCCUCAAAGUCGAACGCAGCAGCAGGUCUUUGCUCCUGGGUUUUGAACAUAGUGAAAUUCUACAAAGUAUAUUGCGAAGUAGAGCCCAAGCGCCAGGCUUUGAGUAAAGCCAACGCAGAGCUGGCUGCUGCUCAAGGGAAGCUUGUCACCAUCAAAAAAAAGAUCAAUCACCUUCAUGAGAAUCUGGCCAGGCUUACAGCAAAGUUUGAGAAAGCCACUGCAGACAAACUCAAGUGCCAACAGGAAGCAGAAUCGACCGCUCGUACCAUUUCCCUGGCAAACCGCCUGGUGGGAGGUCUAGCAUCGGAGAACGUACGUUGGGGUGACGCUAUUGAGAGUUUCAGAAAACAGGAAAGGACUCUGUGUGGAGAUGUCCUCCUUAUCACUGCCUUCAUCUCUUACCUGGGGUACUUCACCAAACGCUUCAGGUUACAGCUAAUGGCGGAAACCUGGAGGCCUUAUCUUAGUCAGCUGACAGUUCCUAUACCAGCAACACCUGGCUUGGAUCCUCUGACAAUGCUCACUGACGAUGCUGACAUUGCCACAUGGCAGAAUGAGGGACUACCUGCAGAUAGGAUGUCCAUUGAGAAUGCCACCAUUCUAACUUCCUGUCACCGCUGGCCCCUAAUGGUGGACCCUCAGCUGCAGGGCAUCAAGUGGAUCAAGAACAAAUACGGUGACCAUCUGCAUGUCAUCCGCAUUGGACAGAGAGGGUACCUGGAUGCUAUAGAGAGAGCACUGGCACAGGGCGAUGUCGUUCUGGUAGAAAACUUGGAAGAAAACUUGGAUCCUGUUCUUGGACCACUACUGAGUAGAGAAACUAUUAAAAAGGGCAGGUAUAUAAAAAUUGGGGAGAAGGAGUGCGAGUACAACCCAGGAUUCCGCCUCAUUUUGCACACCAAACUAGCCAGUCCUCAUUACCAGCCAGAGCUGCAGGCCCAAUGCACUUUGAUCAAUUUCACAGUGACAAGAGAUGGGUUGGAGGACCAGCUGCUGGCAGCUGUGGUUAGCAUGGAGAGACCUGACCUGGAGGAGCUCAAGUCCAAACUGACAAAACGGCAAAAUUGUUUCAAGAUCACUCUGAAGACCCUGGAGGAUAACCUGCUUUCUCGCCUGUCAUCAGCUUCAGGGAACUUCCUGGGGGACACAGAGCUUGUGGAAAACCUGGAGACAACCAAAUGGACUGCUGCUGACAUUGUGGAAAAAGUAAAGGAAUCUAAGGUGACAGAAGCCAAAAUCAAUGAGGCUCGGGAGCACUACAGACCAGCAGCAGCGAGGGCUUCAUUAUUAUACUUCAUAAUGAACGACCUCAAUAAAAUCCACCCCAUGUACCGGUUCUCUCUCAAGGCAUUUAGUGUGGUCUUCCAGAAAGCAGUUGUGAAGGCUGAACCUGACGAUGAUCUGAAGCUACGGGUGUCCAACUUAAUUGACAACAUCACUUCUUCAGUCUUCCAGUACACCACCAGAGGCCUGUUUGAGUGUGACAAACUCACAUUUAUUGCUCAGCUCGCAUUCCAGAUCCUAUUAAGGAACAAAGAAAUAAAUCCUGUUGAGCUGGAUUUCCUUCUACGAUACCCUGUCCAACCUGUUGAAACAUCACCAGUAGAGUUUCUUUCCAAUCACUCCUGGGGAGGAAUUAAGUCAUUGUGCUUAAUGGAUGAGUUCAGGAACCUCGACCGAGACAUCGAAGGCUCGGCCAAACGCUGGAAGAAGUUUGUGGAGUCUGAGUGUCCAGAAAAAGAGAAAUUCCCACAAGAGUGGAAGAACAAAACCUCUCUACAGAGGCUGUGCAUAAUGAGGGCCCUCAGGCCGGACCGCAUGACGUAUGCUGUAAGGGACUUUGUGGAGGAGAAACUCGGGGGCAUGUAUGUGAUUGGCAGAUCUCUGGACUUCGCAGUAUCCUUUGAAGAGACAGGUCCGACAACGCCCAUGUUCUUCAUCCUCUCUCCUGGAGUUGAUCCUUUGAAGGAUGUGGAGAAACAUGGAAAGAAGCUCGGUUUCACAUUUGACAACAAGAAUUUCCACAAUGUGUCUCUGGGUCAAGGUCAAGAGGCAAUGGCUGAACAAGUCCUUGACUUGGCAGCUAAGAAAGGCCAUUGGGUCAUACUACAGAAUAUCCACUUAGUGGCUCGCUGGCUGAGUACUCUUGAAAAAGUUCUAGAGCAGAAAGCCGAGGGAAGCCAUGAGAACUACCGGGUUUUUGUCAGCGCUGAGCCUUCCUCCACCCCUGAGGGGCACAUCAUUCCACAAGGCAUCCUGGAGAACUCCGUAAAGAUAACCAAUGAGCCCCCAACUGGUAUGCAUGCCAAUUUGCACAAGGCUCUGGACAACUUCAACCAGGACACGCUGGAAAUCUGUUCACGAGAGAAUGAGUUUAAGAGUAUUCUAUUUGUGCUCUGCUACUUCCAUGCUGUGGUAGCAGAGAGAAGGAAGUUUGGUCCUCAAGGAUGGAACAGAUCAUACCCUUUCAACACAGGAGAUCUCAUAAUAUCAGUCAAUGUCCUCUUCAACUACCUGGAGGCUAAUCCCAAGGUCCCCUAUGAUGAUAUACGCUACCUCUUUGGUGAGAUCAUGUACGGGGGUCACAUCACAGAUGACUGGGAUCGCCAUCUAUGCAGGACCUACCUGGAGGAGUUCAUUAAGCCUGAGAUGAUGGAAGGAGACCUGUGUCUCGCACCGGGUUUCCCAUUGCCUGGAAACAUGGACUACAACAGCUAUCACCAGUAUAUUGAUGACACACUACCUGCCGAGUCACCUUACCUUUAUGGCCUUCAUCCCAAUGCUGAGAUUGGCUUUCUCACACAAAACUCCCAAAAACUUUUCCGCACUGUACUGGAGAUGCAGCCCAGGGAUGGGGCAGCCGGCGAGGUGGCAGGGAUGACACGAGAGGAAAAGGUGCAUACACUGCUGGAGGAGAUCAUUGAGAAACUCCCCGAGGAGUUCAACAUGGCUGAGGUCCUCGGAAAAGCUGAGGAGAGGACUCCCUAUCAAGUGGUAGCCGUGCAAGAGUGCGAGCGCAUGAAUCUUCUCACCCAAGAAAUCAAGCGUUCCCUCAAUGAGCUCAGCAUGGGUCUCAAGGGAGAACUAACCAUGACUAUUGAAAUGGAGAACCUCCAGAAUUCUAUUUUCCUGGACAUGGUACCAGAGACUUGGACCAAGCUUGCUUACCCCUCCAUGUCUGGCCUGACUCUGUGGUUCACUGACCUGCUGGCACGGAUUAAGGAGCUCGAAGCCUGGACGACUGAUUUUGUCUUACCGUGUGCAGUGUGGCUGACCGGCUUCUUCAACCCCCAGUCCUUCCUCACCGCCAUCAUGCAAGCCAUGGCUCGCAGGAAUGAGUGGCCCUUGGAUAAUAUGAGUCUGCAAUGUGAUGUUACCAAGAAGAACCGUGAGGACUUGACAUCACCACCUCGAGAAGGGGCUUAUGUUCAUGGGCUAUACAUGGAGGGUGCCCGCUGGAACUCACAGACCGGCUUGAUUGUGGAUGCCCGCCUAAAAGAGCUGACUCCCAUCAUGCCAGUAAUCUUCAUCAGAGCCAUUCCUGUGGACAAACAGGAGAACACGAACAUGUAUCAGUGUCCAGUUUACAAGACACGCCAAAGGGGGCCCACAUAUGUCUGGACCUUUAACCUGAAGACCAAAGAAAAACCCUCCAAGUGGACCUUGGCUGGGGUUGCUUUGCUUUUGCAGGUCUAGCAGAAUUCCUGGAGCUUUAAUAGGAAGAUCGUGGUAGUGAUGGUACAACAGGGUCAAGGAUUAGAACAUUUUAACUGACUUUUUUUUUAAUGAGUGUUUUUUUUUUUUCAAGGGGUCACUGAGCAAAAACUUUUUUUCCAAAUAAGUUCUACUAAGUCUGAAGUAAAAAAAGUCAGUAAUUUUUUGGGUUCUCAGAAAGCUUUUCACAAAUUUAUUGCAUUGCAAAUUAUUAAUGAGUAGUCGAGACUGAUGGUAUGCUAAAUUAUGAAAUCAUCCAAUUGUUUGUGAUUUUUGUCCCCUCUUGAGCACAUAAAUUUGCACAUUAAUUGAAAGUCAGUUAUUUUAAAUCAAUUCCCUAAAAUGACAUUUGUUGUGUUUCAACAUUUUGUUACAGAUCCAAAUGUUUCAUGAUUUUUCUC